AUGAGUGAGCAGGAAGUGACCUACACAGAACUGAAAUUUCACACUUCUGCUCAACAGCAAAGGAGACAAACAGUGGAGAAGACCAAAAGCAAAGACACUCCAUCUCCUCGGUGGCAGCUCAUUGCACUGACUCUUGGGAUCUUCUGCCUGGUGUUGCUGGUAACGCUCGGGAUCCUGGGUGCUGAGGCAAACAGAUGGCAGGAAAAGUUCACCCAGCAGCAGGAAAUUCUGGAAAAUCUCACUCACCAGCAGGAAAUUCUGGAAAACCUCACCCAGAAGCUACAAGAAAUUCAGGAGAAAACCUCUCAGGAAAAGGAAGAUCUCCAGGCCAAGAAUGCAGAGCUUUCUAAGUCUUUGCAGUCCUUACAGUCAAAAGGAAACAAAUGCAGAGUCUGUUCAAAGGACGAAUGGAUGCAAAAUGGAGAGGACUGUUACUACUUCUCUACUAAAAUAAAAACUUGGUUUGAAUGUAAAGAGUAUUGCUCUUCCCUGGGCUCCAGACUGCUGAAGAUAGACACCAAGGAGGAGCUGGACUCCCUAAAAAAACUGGAUUAUUCCUCUUACUGGAUUGGAUUAUCCCGUAAUGGAGCAGAUGGGCCCUGGCUAUGGGAGGACAGCACAGCUCUCUCCAUUGAUGUCUCUUUAGUACAGAAAAAUUACCGUGAAGAAUGUGCAGCUUUCUCUCUUUCUGAAAUACGCUCCAGUGUUUGUACAACCACCCGUAGGUGUGCCUGUGAGAAGGAGGUAGUUGAGCUGAAGUCCCUUGCACUGUUACGAGGAAAAACAUAG